CCUUGCAUAAAAAAAUCAAUUGAAUAUCAGAAACACAAACAAAACUUUUUUUUUUUCAACUGCUAUAAACAUGCCUCCAUCAACUUCGUUGGUCCAAAUAUCCUUCACAAAAUCUCUCCCUUGAACCAGUUGAAGUUCUUAAUAGCAAUGGAAUGGUCUCCUGAAGAUGCCUUGAAAGCUUACUUACACACUCUUCAUCUGUGUAAGGUUGACAAAGAUGAAGACUUGAGCCUUGGAAAUCACACAACCACUACCAGCAUUAUCGUAGAGCCAAAAUGCAUGGAAUUUAUAUCAGCUUUGGCAGCUGGAAAGCGAGCAAGAUUAAUCCUGCAAAUAACCUCGCAAGGCAUAACGCCAAUGACAGUUUCACUGGCUGUGGCUGCAAAGCAAAUCGGAGGCCGACUAAUUGUGUGGAUUAACAGUCAGGAUAUGGAUCGUGUGCAGGAAAGUAGCAAAACCCUGUUUGUGGAAAAUGGUCUUGACGAGGUCGUUGAAUAUGUUUAUGGCACUGAUCCUUGUAUGCUGGUGAAGCAGUUGAAGAACAUAGAUUUUGCGGUUGUUGACUUCAAAUUAAAAGAUCACUUGAAAUUGUUGAAGAUUAUGAACUUUAACCCAAAUGGGUGCAUAGUUGUAGGAACCAACGUUGAUGACCCUAAGACUAAGAGGGAUUUUGGAGGUCCAUUGAUUCUUGAUCGAGUUUUUAAGGAGAAGAAAGGGUUUCGUUAUGUGACUCUACCUUUAGGAGAAGGAAUGGAGUUGACAAGAUUUAGAGCCGUUGGCAAUGGUGGCAAGUGCCAUUGCCAAAGCAAGAGGUACAAAAGAUUUCAUGUAACAUUUGAAAAUUGAAGCUCUUGUUUGUAGUUGUUAUUUUUAUUUUAUAUGUAUAUACGCAUAGGGAAAACCUAAUUUUUAUGGUCACUUUCAAAUUCAAGAUAUUAUAUUGGCAGCCCCGCCCCCCUCCACACCCUCCCACCGCCACCAGAGACUCCUUGACAAUUUCCAGCCCACCUUAUUCCCCUCACCAGUGGCGGAUCCACUAAAGGGAGAGUGAAGAUUAUUGCCUCUACUCAUCCUUCUUCCCACCCACGAAGUUCUCAGAACCUCCAUUAAAGCUCUAAGCGGUUCACGUUUACCCCUUACACAGUGGAUAAUAAACAUGUACUAUUAUCAACUCAUAAUCAAUAUGAAUCUUACAACUAUUCUCACAA